AUGAAUAGAAAGGGUUGUGACAUUGAAGCAACAGGCAUCAAUUACACAAUCUACACUCAAAAACCACAACCUCCUUUCAAGAUCUUCAACAAAGAUCAGCAAUUUAUCGAACUACAACCCCAUCAACAUCAAAAAUCCUUUUCUGAUCCUGCACCAGAUACCAACCCCAGAGCUCGUCGGGUUCUUCGGGAUGUAAGUUGCCAUGCAAAACCAUGGGAAGUUCUUGCCAUCGUUGGUCCUAGCGGUGCCGGAAAGUCCUCCCUUCUUGAGAUCCUCGCCGGAAAAAUCACUCCUCAGACGUCAAGGAUUUGUGUCAACCGGAAACCGGUGGACAAGUCAAGAUUCAAGAAGAUUUCGGGGUAUGUUACGCAAAAGGAUACCUUGUUCCCUCUUCUCACCGUCGAAGAAACCCUAGUUUUUACUGCUAAACUCCGGCUGAAACUUCCUAAACCAGAGUUGAGUUCUCGGGUCAGAUCGUUGAUCCAGGAACUUGGGUUGACCCAUGUGGCUAAUGCACGUGUUGGGGAUGAUCGGGUUCGUGGGAUUUCAGGCGGAGAGCGACGGCGCGUUUCUAUCGGCGUGGCGGUGGUUCAUGACCCAGAAGUGGUGAUUUUGGAUGAACCCACUUCUGGGUUGGAUAGUAACAGCGCGUUCCAGAUCAUAGAUAUGGUCAAGACCAUGGCGGAGACCAGAGGCAAAACCGUGGUCCUUAGCAUCCACCAGCCAGGAUUCAGAAUCAUCAAGCUCUUCAACUCCAUACUACUCCUGGCGAAUGGCACCGUUUUGCACCAGGGAACAGUCGAUGAGCUCAACCUCUCUCUACGGCUCAUUGGGCUCGAGCCACCUCUCCAUGUUAACAUCGUUGAGUUUGCAAUUGAUUCCAUCGAUACGAUACAAGAACAAAAGAACCAAAAGACUUCAAAUCUUGAACAAGAACCUACUGCUCCAACUAACAGAAUCACUCAAGUUCUAUUCGCCACCCCUUUGUACUGGUUGGUGGGAUUAAACCAUAGUUUCUUGGCAUUCUCGAGGUUCCUCCUGUUGAUCUGGUUAAUCCUCUACACAGCAAACUCAGUGGUGGUGUGCUUUAGCGCACUGGUACCAAAUUUCAUCAUCGGAAACUCGGUAAUAUCCGGCGUGAUGGGAUCUUUUUUCUUGUUUUCCGGUUACUUUGUGUCGGAAAAAGGUAUGCCAAAGUAUUGGAUUUUCAUGCAUUAUAUCUCAUUGUUUAAGUAUCCGUUUGAAGGGUUGUUGAUGAAUGAGUUCUCCGGCGGUGGUGAAGGGCGGUGUUUGGAGGAAUUGUUUGGGAAGUGUUUGGUGACCGGUGAAGAUUUGUUAAGGGAACAAGGAGGGUAUAGAAAAGAGGGUAAGUGGAAGAACUUUGUGAUUAUGGUGUGUUUUAUUUUGGUUUAUAGGUUUAUUUCAUAUGUGAUUUUAAGGGUUAGAUGCUCCCAAAAGGGGACUUAA